CUCUACAGCAAUUACAUCCAUAUAUCGUAUUAAGGUAUGAGAAGUCCACCUCAUGAAUUGUGAACUACAACGAGGAACAAACUGCAAUACACCAUUGAAUCUGUCAGCUGUCUUCUUCAAAUCUCAAUUUAGGCAGUCGGACUUGCUACUGUUUAAGGAAAAUAUCUUGCUUUUAUUUUAUUUUUGAUUUCUCUUUCCUAAAACCUUGCAAGGCAUUCCUUCUUUUCUGAAAAAAAUUUCAGACUUUUCUGGUUUGGACUUAUUUUAUCGAGCUAGCAUUCUCUUGCUGUAUUCCAGCAUACUAAUUUUUAUUUUCAAUGAAGAUUUACCCUAGUUUGGAGGAAGCGAAGCUAAUCGCUAAAGAACAUAAUGCAACCAAAAUUCCUGUUUAUGGUGUGAUUCCAGCGGAUUUGCUUACACCCUCUAUUGCCUACUUAAAGCUUUCUCAGGGAAAGCGUUAUUCUUACAUUCUCGAAAGCGUUUCUCAAGGUGAAAAUGUAUCUCGUUAUAGCUUUAUCGGUAGUCCAUACCGAGUACUUAUGGCUAAUGGAUCUGAAGAUCCUUUAGCUCGUUUGGAACGUGAAUUGAAAGAGGUGAAGAUCGCUCCUGUUCAAGGACUUCCCUCUUUUAGCGGUGGUGCUGUCGGCUAUGUUUCUUAUGACUGUAUAAAAUACUUUGAACCCACCACCGACGUACCCACCCAAGACAGUCUUGGCUUACCAGAGGCACUUUUCUUUAUGACAGACGAUUUGAUUGCCUUUGAUCAUGCUUACCAAACUGUAAAAAUAAUCUCCCAUAUUUGUGUUGAUCAAGGAAGACCAAUGGAAGAAGCUUAUGAAGCUGCAAUGUUUAAAAUUAACAUGAUUCAUAAGAAACUUGAUGCUCCGGAAAUUCCUUUGCCUCCUCAGAAAGAGAUUAAUCUUGGAUACGAAGCUAAAUCAAACACUGGCGAGGAAGGUUACAAGAAUUAUGUCUCUACUUUGAAGAAGCAUAUUCAUCAAGGUGACAUAUUUCAAGCCGUUCCUAGCCAACGUCUUUCCCGUCCUACGGACUUGCAUCCGUUCAAUUUAUAUCGUCAUUUACGUACUGUCAAUCCUUCCCCUUAUAUGUUCUAUCUAAACUGUGAUGAGUUUGACAUUAUUGGUGCUUCUCCUGAAUUGUUGGUCAAGUCGGAAGAUGGCCGCAUUAUCAAUCAUCCUAUUGCCGGUACUGUUCCUCGAGGAAAAACUCAAGAGGAAGAUGAAGCUCUUGCAAAUGAGUUACUUUCUAGUGUCAAAGAUCGCGCUGAACAUGUUAUGCUUGUUGAUCUUGCAAGGAACGACGUGAACCGUGUUUGUGAUUUGGACACUACUCGCGUUGAUCGAUUAAUGACCAUUGAGAAGUUUUCUCAUGUUCAGCACCUAGUCUCUCAAGUUUCUGGUGUUUUAAGAGAAGGAAAGACUAGAUUUGAUGCAUUCCGUAGCAUUUUUCCUGCAGGUACUGUUAGUGGCUCUCCUAAGGUGCGCGCUAUUCAACUAGUUGCUGGCUUAGAAAAUGAGAAGCGUGGUAUUUAUGCAGGUGCUGUUGGCCAUUGGGGAUACAAAGAAGAUCAAAUGGACACUUGUAUUGCAAUUCGAACCAUGGUGUACAAAAACGGUGUUCUUUACUUGCAAGCUGGUGGUGGCAUCGUUUUCGAUUCUGAUGAGCAAGCUGAAUAUAUUGAGACUAUAAACAAACUCAGAUCUAACGUUACAGCAAUUAACGAAGCAGAGAAGUUGUAUGCAAAGGCCCAAAAAGAAUAAAUAUUGGAAAUGGUAUAAAGAAUGACUACUUCGAAAAAAUUUUAAGUUUAGUGUUAGAAAAUUUUG